GAAUUAACAUAGCGCUGACCUUUUGUGUUGGAUACCUGGAGAUUCCUUGGAUAUUUCAUUGGUCCUUACUAUUGGACUGUUUCAUUUUUGAUUAUCAUCUAGUUGUUUGAUCAUACCCUCAUCUUAGCGGACCAUAUCAGAGUUAAUCUUGGGUGAUAGGCGUAGGAAGAUGGAGGACGCCGGGGGCGGAGGCCCUACGGCAUCAAAACGGGAGCAUUCCCUGGAAAGGCAGAAAAGGCGUAAAAUUGCAGAUGUAGAGAAUAAGUUGGAAAAAGGAAAAGGUAAGGCGAUUAUUACAGAUAAUAGUGAGAACGAAGAUAUGUCUGACAACGAACCAGAGAGGAAUACUGGCAGUAAAGUGCAGGGAGAAACAGCUGCAAAUACCCCAAAAUACCGUUAUGAUAGCAACCACAAAGGCCCUUAUUUUGUUUAUGUGGAUUCUUACGAUGCUUCUGGUGUACGUAAAUAUCUAAAUGGUAUUGCUGUAUGCCGUCUUCUUAUGCGAUUGGAGAUUAAGGAUCUAGCUGAAGUUGUGAAAAUUGGUUAUGGUCGCUGUAAGGUGAUCUUUAAUAACUACAUGGCAGCUAAUAACUUUGUUGACGACGUUAGAAUUAUGGAGAAUGGUCUUUCCCCUAAGAUAUUCGCACAUUUCGUGUCGAAGGUGGGUAUUGUUUUUGAUAUCCCUACGGAUAUAUUGGAGGAGGAAUUUAAGGAUAGCAUUUCAUCUCCCAUUGAGGUUAUAAAUUGCGUUAGAAUGAUGAGACACACUAAAGAUAAAGAUGGUAAUGAUAUCAAAAUACCAUCCAGGAAUAUGAAGGUCAUAUUUAAGGGAAAUGAGAUUCCCAGUGAGAUUAAAAUGGGAUAUAUAAAGAUACCGGUACGUCAUUUUGUAUCAUUCUCCCAAUGCUACAAGUGUUAUCGAUUCAACCACUUUGCAACACACUGCAAACAGAACUUUGACUUAUGUCGCGACUGCUACAACAACCAUGUCAGGGGAAACCCAUGUGCCGAUUUGGUAUGUGUGAACUGUAAGGGUAACCAUACCCCAACGGAUAAAAACUGCCCAGCCCGUAUGAAGGCAUUUGCAAUCAAGAAGAUGAUGGUGAUCGAAAACCUUUCAUUGAAGGAGGCCCGCACCAGAUUCUCGAACGUUAAUACGAAUCGUUUUUCUCUUCUUGAUGAUUACAAUGAGGACUUUCCCCCGAUCAAGAAUAGUAAGAACAAGGUGCCGAUAGUAAAUGGUCAUCAGGAGGCGAUGAGGGAGAUUCAUAAAAUUCUGCCUUACGCCAAGGUGGCCAAGAACAAUGGUAACAGAUUGAGGGAAGAGGCUAAUGCAAGAGAGACCAUGAGAAAACAUAAGGAGAUAUUAGAAGAACACGCUGUGAACUUGAAUUAUGGCAAACCCGUCUUUCAUGGUGAUCUGACGGAUAAGGCCAUUGUUUCGGAAACCCAAUCGUGCAUGAACCCUCGUCUUCUCUCUCAGAAGAUGGAACAUGAUAAUUCAGUGGCAGUGGAUACUUUGGAAAAAGCCUCGAAAGAGGUAACAGAAGCACUUUUAAGCCUAUCAAGAGGAGAGGUGGAUAUGAACAUGGUUAUAAGUAUUGUGAAUUCCCUUAGGGAUAAUUUUAACAGAGGUAUUAACAAUAUUGAUGCGGACAGAGUUAACAGAAUGAGAUAUGACAACGUUGAUUAUUAAAUUUGAAUUAUAAGCAGACAA